CGGGCGCCCAGAGACGCGGCUGGGGCCCGCGCGGCCCGGGCGCGGUCCCUGGUCAGGGCUGCCCGGCCCCGGCCCCGGGCCACCCGCGCUCCCCAUGAAAAACCAGCUCCGCGGCCCCCCAGUGCGGGCGCCCAUGUCGGCCUCGGGGGCGUCGGCGGCUGGGGGAACCGGGGCGGGGUUGGAGCCCGGUGCGGGGUCCGGCGCGGGCACCGGGGCGGGAGCAGUGACGGGUGCGGGGGCCAUGCCUUGCAAGAGCGCCGAGUGGCUACAGGAGGAGUUGGAAGCGCGCGGCGGCGCGUCCCUGCUGCUGCUCGACUGCCGGCCGCACGAGCUCUUCGAGUCGUCGCACAUCGAGACGGCCAUCAACCUGGCCAUCCCGGGCCUCAUGCUGCGCCGCCUGCGCAAGGGCAACCUGCCUAUCCGCUCCAUCAUCCCCAACCACGCCGACAAGGAGCGCUUCGCCACGCGUUGCAAAGCGGCCACCGUGCUGCUCUACGACGAGGCCACGGCCGAGUGGCAGCCAGAGCCCGGCGCACCCGCCUCGGUGCUUGGCCUGCUCUUGCAAAAGCUGCGCGACGACGGCUGCCAGGCCUACUACCUCCAAGGUGGUUUCAACAAGUUCCAGACAGAGUACUCCGAGCACUGCGAGACCAACGUGGACAGCUCGUCCUCGCCCAGCGGCUCGCCACCCACCUCAGUGCUGGGCCUGGGGGGCCUCCGUAUCAGCUCAGACUGCUCGGACGGUGAGUCAGACCGAGAGCUGCCCAGCAGUGCCACCGAGUCGGACGGCAGCCCUGUGCCAUCGAGCCAACCGGCCUUCCCUGUCCAGAUCCUGCCCUACCUCUACCUCGGCUGCGCCAAGGACUCCACCAACCUGGACGUGCUCGGCAAGUACGGCAUCAAAUACAUCCUCAACGUCACACCCAACCUGCCCAACGCCUUUGAGCACGGGGGCGAGUUCACCUACAAGCAGAUCCCCAUCUCCGACCACUGGAGCCAGAACCUCUCCCAGUUCUUCCCUGAGGCCAUCAGCUUCAUCGACGAGGCCCGCUCCAAGGAGUGUGGUGUCCUGGUACACUGCCUGGCCGGAAUCAGCCGCUCCGUGACGGUCACGGUGGCCUACCUGAUGCAGAAGAUGAACCUGUCACUCAAUGACGCCUAUGACUUUGUCAAGAGGAAAAAGUCCAACAUCUCACCCAAUUUCAACUUUAUGGGGCAGCUGCUGGACUUUGAGCGGACGCUGGGGCUGAGCAGCCCGUGCGACAACCACACCCCCAGCGAGCAGCUCUACUUCUCCACGCCCACCAACCACAACCUGUUCCCACUCAACACCCUGGAGUCCACGUGAGGCCAGGGGCACCGGUGGGCUGGGUGCCGGCUCCUCCCCCACCCUCCACAGGGCCGCGUGGGCGAGCCUGUCCUGCUGUGUCUGUCCUAAGGGACCUGGACGUCGCCUGGAUCCAGGCUGACAAGUGGCCGAGCUGCCCUUACCAUCCUGGGUGGGCGGAGCCCACGGCAAGGCCUCCGUCUGCAGGACUUUCUGGAGCAGCCGCCGGCGCUCAGACACGGCUGUGGGGGGUCCAGCGGAACCUCAUCCUUGGCCCAGGACACUCCAUUCUGCUGAGGCCCAGUCAGUUUGGCUGUUUUUUAAAGACAUCCACGGACCUGAGUUUACGUUUUACUUUCGGCAGGUAAAUCCAAGCUCCCUGGAGCAGUGUUCACAUUCUGAUUGUUCUUUUUUAAAUGAAAAGUGUUAUUUUCAGGCUACA